ACAAAAUAAAUUAUCCAGAAGGUUAGAGGCUAGGAAAGGAUUUCAAUGGUAGAAGCAACAAUUUUUUUUCUUUUACUUGCUUCAUUACACUUUCAAAAAAUCUAUACAGCCGAAAACGAUAUCAUUUCUGGUUCACAAUUCUUGACAGAAAACGACACGUUGGUCUCCCCGGACGGAUCUUUUGAGCUAGGAUUUUUCACCCCGGAUGGCUCUGAAAAUAGAUAUGUUGGUAUUUGGUAUAAGAAGAUAUCUGUUAAAACCGUGGUUUGGGUCGCGAAUAGAGAUCGCCCGCUCACAGGAGCAUCAUCAGGUGUGGUAAAGAUAGUCAAUCCAGGAAAUCUUGUCAUCAUGAAUAAUACUGAUCAUGUAAUGUGGUCAUCCAACACGACGUCGUCUGGCAAAACAAUAGCAAAGCUAGAGGAAUCCGGAAAUCUAGUGUUGAUGGACCUAGAUGACAAAAUUAUCUGGCAGAGUUUUGACUAUCCAACUGAUACUCUUUUAGCUGGGAUGAAAUUUGGCAAGGAUUUCUUGACUGGCAAAGAAUGGCAUUUAUCGGCAUGGAAAAGUAGUCAAGAUCCAGCUCCAGCUGAAUUGACAUACAGCGUUGAUACGCACGGGUAUCCUCAGGAUAUAUUAAGACAGGGCUCGGUGAUCAAAUUUCGGGCUGGACCAUGGAAUGGUGAACGGUUUAGCGGGGCUUCAGAUUUGAGCAAGAAUCUGAUCUUUACGUACGAUAUGGUUAUUAAUGAAACGGAGAUUGCUUUCAGUUAUGACCUUUUGAACAGUUCGGUUGUAUCUAGGUUCACCUUGAAUUCUACAGGGCAGGUAGAACGUACGGUUUGGGUAGAAGAAAGUAAGACGUGGCAGCUAAUUGUCACAUUACCUAGAGAUAUAUGUGAUAGAUAUAACAUCUGCGGUGCUUAUGGAAGUUGCACUGUUUUGAGUGCACAGACGUGUUCGUGUUUAAACGAGACAAAAUUUGUGCCUAGAAACCAAAAGGCUUGGGAGACAGCAAAUUGGUCUGGUGGCUGUGUGAGGCGAACACCAUUGGGUUGUGAAUCGGAUGGGUUUAUUAGAUAUUCUAAUAUGAAAUCGCCCAAUACACAUACUUCCUGGUUUGACAAGAGCAUGACUUUAAAGGAAUGUGAAGCAAUGUGCCAUAAAAAUUGUUCUUGUAUGGCUUAUGCAAAUACCGACAUCAGAAAUGGAGGAAGUGGCUGCUUGCUCUGGUUCGGUGACCUCAUAGACACCAGAAUAUACUCAUAUGGCAAGGGUGGUCAGGAUAUCUACGUAAGAAUGGCUUCCUCCGAAUUAGAUGUUCAACCAAUUUCCCAUAACCGUCGAACAAACAUAACAUUGAUCAUCUUACCAGUAGUUUUCCUUGGGGUUCUUUUAAUAGUGUUGAGCUCCGUAUUGGUCUGGUAUACAUGGAGAAAAAGGUAUCGGGCCCAACCAAAGGGAGAAGGGAAAGGGUUGCAUGAUCAUGAAGGUCAAAAUGAUGCCAUGGAGCUACCAUUGUUUGGUUUCUCUGCCAUAGCAAAAGCUACGAAUAACUUUUCACCAGAAAAUAAACUUGGAGAGGGUGGGUUUGGAUCGGUGUAUAAGGGUCUGCUAGAAGCAGGGCACGAAAUUGCAGUUAAACGUCUCUCCAAGACAUCCAGUCAAGGAGUUGUUGAGUUUAAGAACGAAGUCAUCUGCAUAUCGAAACUUCAACACCGGAAUCUUGUUAAGCUCCUUGGAUGUAGCAUAGAGGGAGACGAGAAGUUGUUGGUCUAUGAGUACAUGCCAAACAGAAGCUUAGACUCGUUCAUAUUUGAUAAAACAAAGAGCACACUCCUUGAUUGGGAUAAGCGAUUCCACAUCAUUAACGGAAUUGCCCGAGGACUUCUUUAUCUGCAUCAAGAUUCACGAUUAAGAAUCAUCCACAGGGAUCUUAAAGCUAGCAAUAUUCUACUAGAUUUGGAUAUGAAGCCUAAGAUAUCAGACUUUGGCAUUGCUAGAAGCUUUGGAGGCAAUGAAACUCAAGCAAACACAGAGAGAGUUGUUGGGACAUAUGGUUACAUGUCCCCAGAGUACGCACUAGAUGGUAUUUUCUCAACAAAAUCAGACGUCUUUAGCUUUGGUGUUUUGGUGCUAGAGAUUGUAAGUGGGAAGAGAAAUAGGGGAUUCGUUCAUCCGGAGCAUGACAAUAACCUUAUUGGACAUGCGUGGAGAUUGCAUAGUGAAGGCAGGUCAAUGGAACUCAUGGACACAACUUUAGAUGAGCCAACCAAUCCAUCCGAAGUUGUAAGAUCAAUCGAUGUCGGGUUGUUAUGUGUUCAACAAAAUCCAGAAGACAGACCAAACAUGUCGUCCGUGGUUUUAAUGUUGUGCAAUGAGGGUUCAUUGCAGAAGCCUAAGCAGCCAGCAUUUUUCUUACAAAGGAACUCACUUGGUACAGAUUUUUCUUCAAGCACUUUUCCAACAAGUUCAACCAAUGAUUUAACCGUUACAGAGAUAACUGCUCGAUAGAAUAUACAUAGAUGACACAAAUUGUAGGAUUACCGGUUUUAUUUUUCAUAUUAUCUUUAACUACAAGGCUGUAUGUCCAUUUUUAACUGGCUGUACUACAUCAAACUCACUAUUUUAAUGGCAUUACCAUAUAUACAGGCUGUUUGUUUUUGCAGACAUCUGUUUCAAUUUA